AUGUUGAGUAAAAAACGCAAAAUCGACAGCGAAAAUAGGAAGUUUAUGAACGUGUGGACUGAACUAUAUUGUUUUGUAUUGCCUGAAAGGGUUGGAGCCAUUCCAGUCUGCAGUGAAGUGCGUAAAAAUAAGCUCCAUGCAUGUAUGUUAUCUUACAAAAAUAGUACGACAACACUUAUACGGUGUAUGAGUGAACAAGAAAAAUCAACUGAAGCAGCGUUGCGUGUGUGCUGGGUUCUUAAUAAGCACCAAAAACCGUUUUCCGAUUCCGAAAUAGUAAAAGAGUGUAUGUUGGAAGUGGCCACUGCACUUUUUCAAGAAAAUAAAAAAAUCGUUACCUCUAUCCAAGAUAUUCCUUUGUCGGCAAGGAGUAACACAAGAAGGACGGUAUUGUUGGCAGCCGAAAACAAAAAAAGCUUAUUUGAACUUUUACAUAAGUCACUGUGCUACUGCAUUGCGCUUGAUGAAUCUUGUGACUUAGUUGAUUCUGAAUAA